UGAUGUGAACUCGUUCGCUACUUUGUUGUGCAUGUGUGUUGUGGAUGAGCGUGCGGGUUUUUUGAUCGGUUAUGUCUCAUACCGGGUACCUGUCAAAAGCGCAAUCAGUCUCAUUUGUGUUUUGGCAGGCUUUUGCAUGUAUGGCUGGACUGUUAUUGCCCUUUUCAUCAUUAUUUUUUCAUAUUCCAUGCAGUCAACAGGGUCCAGUUUCUCUCGGUCCUUCCUCGCCCGUCUGGAGGAAUCCCGUCGACCCCACGGAUCCACACAGGUACCCAACUGUACAGAAAACGAUCCAUUCUCAUCUAUGAAGUGUCCCCCGGAAAACGUGCAGCAGAACAACCGAUCCAUGUGCUGUUCUUUCGGCAUCCACAAUUCCAGCCACUCUCAGAAUCCCUGCACCCUCGUAAACCAGGGCAUGUCCAGUGCGCAGCACACCACCCCUUCUUACCGACCUCCACCUUCUGACUGCGUGCUUCGCAUUCCAGUCGUUCGUCGCAAGCGACCUGUAGCGACUUAUGACCUGCUGUCGUGUGAGGGUUCCACCUUGCAUCUACUGUGCGAGGCAAAUGUCUCUUGCAGCGACCAGGGCAUCUCCUGGAGGAAGGAGGGGCGCACCUUUGCGGGGCGGGAGCUCCGUCUGCAGAACGUCCAGAGGAGGGACAGCGGGACCUAUCUUUGCGAAGUCACGGACUACUACGGGAGACCGAGAUUGGGUGCCCAAGUCACUGUGGCUGUGCAAUUUCCACCUGUGAUCCUAGUGCCAAAGCCUUCCCUAUCGUCGGAGCAGAAGGGCGACGUCCUGGAAUGCUCGACGGAGGCCAGCCCCUCAGCCACCAUCUCCUGGUACAGAGAUGACGUCCCCUUGGACACAGACGACUCCGGCCACAGCAUUUCGUCCGACACCACCCUCUGCACCACGCGCUCACGGCUCCUCAUCCUCCUCAACGUGUCCUCGCCAUCUAUCCCACACAACUAUACUUGCGUCGCGUCCAAUUUACAUGGGCGAUCGGCCGUCACGUUGUUACUCCUCUCAGCGACUGUCGAAAGUUCUUCCGUUGAUGUACCGCCUGAAAAGCGCCAGUUCAACGUGACCGGAUUCAUCGUCGGGAUGCUUCCUCCUCUCUUCAUCUCCUUCUACAUCAUCCUGAAACUGGGUUACAGAUCCCGAUACGCAGAAGAGAGAGGCGAGGACGACGGGUUCAGGGAAGAGCCCUUCUUCAUCAGCUACUGAAUUAUCUCUGUGAUCGGACAACCAUACACUGCCGUACUACGGAGAUAUACACUCAUAAAGAAAACUCUUUUUAACUGACGAAUGAGCAAUAAGUUCUUUGCAGCAGUCUGGCUCAACAGUUCUGAUUCCGUGAUUGCUGUUUUUAUUUUGGGCAUUUAACUCUUUUUCAGGUGCACUGUAGUUAAAAUGUUCCUCGACAGAUGGCACCACCGACGGAAGAGUGAGAAGAAAGAAUCCGUCAUAUUGAAUAAGUUGGUGGUGCUUACUGGUAAUAAUGGUGUGUCAGAAUGUAGAUGUAAUUCUCA